AAAUAGGAUUUAGUUAUAAUUAAGCCUGGAAUUCGAUUGAAUAUAACUAUUCGAAAUCGUUUCAUUUUUAUCAUUUCAAAUUAAUUUGUCUUCAAAUUCAUCUGUGUUUUUUAGUGUUUAUGAUUUCAAAUAAAUAAUGGCAAAAAUAUCAUUGAAAUUUCUUUGUUCAUCAACAAUGUUAAUUAAAACAAUAAUCAUAAUGUUUACCAUAACAAUAUCAUUGGUUAAUGGUAGAUGUACAAGCGAACAAAUGGCUCAAAUUAACCAAUGUGCAGUUGAUGCUCAAUAUGAUUGGGAUAUAAUAGAUACAGAUAUUGAUACUCCUACACGAAAAUUUUGCUGUUUCAAAUGGGAUACAUUGAAUUGUCAAGUAAACAUUGCUGAAGAUUGUGAUCCAACUAUGGCAAAACACUUAGCAUUUGAAACCGAACAAACAUAUGGUGCAACGUGUGAAUAUUUUUAUCGUCAUUCACCAUUAUGUUUUAUACGUUGGUGGUCAGCAAUAUUGAUUGUAUUAGCAUUGAUUUUAAUCAUAGCUUUAAUUGUAUUCAUUGUUUAUCGUAAAAAACAAUCAAAAUUUUCUCGUGAAUAUAAUACUGCCGAAAGAAAUUAUUAUUGAUUCGUAAAAAAACAAACAAACAAAAAACAAAACACAACAAAAACAAUCACCAUUUGUAAAUACUAUAAUCAAUUAA